UCAUGUAAUUGCCACUCUAUAUACAACCGCACAAACUUUCUCUCUCCUUCUCCAUUUAAACAUAUUAAGCUCUAUUUUUCUCUCCACAUUCUCUCACUAUGAUCCCUUAUCAUACUCUGGAAGAAUCAAAAGAUGCACUUGGUAGAAACCUCACUUUUGCUGAGACAGUUUGGUUCAAUUACUCUGCCAAAAAAUCUGACUUUGUUCUUCAUUGCCACAACACUCUAUUCUUGUGCUUGUUUUACUCUAUAGCCCCCAUUCCAUUUGCAUUGAUUGAGCUAAGUGGAUGCAAGAAGUUGAACAAAUACAAGAUUCAACCUUCGGUUAAAAGGACAUUCUUGGAAAUGUUCAAAUGUUACAAAUAUGUUAUCAAAACAUUUAUCAUUGCUGUUGGUCCUCUUCAGAUCGUUUCUUAUCCUUUUAUUAAGUGGCUUGGAAUCAGAACAAGUUUGUCUUUGCCAUCAAGGUGGGAGUUAUUUUGGCAAUUAUUAGUUUAUUUUCUUAUAGAAGAUUAUGCAAGCUACUGGAUUCAUAGGAUGCUACAUUGUAAAUGGGGUUAUGAAAACAUCCAUAAAGUUCAUCAUGAAUACAAAACACCUAUUGGAUUUGCAGGACCAUAUGUUCAUUUGUUUGAGUUAUGGAGUUUUGGUAUCCCUGCAUUACUUGGUCCAAUAUUGGUUCCAGGACACAUUGUAACCUUCUGGUUAUGGUUCAUUUUACGACAGUUAGAAGCCAUUGAGACACAUAGUGGUUAUGAAUUUCCUUGGAGUUUCACAAAAUAUAUACCAUUUUAUGGAGGUCCUACAUAUCAUGAUUAUCAUCAUUCUGUUGGUGGAACAAGUCAAGGAAACUUUGCGUCUGUAUUUACCUACUGUGAUUAUAUUUAUGGAACACAAAAGGGGUACCAAUAUAAAAAGAGGAUAUACGAGAAUAUGUCUCCUAGUAACACUUUCAACAAGGUGGAGUAGUUGUUUAAUCCUAUUAAAGGAUAUCUUAUAUAAUUGAGGCAUUUUGUUUGCUCUAUAUCAUAACAAUGGUUGGUUACUUAGUUGAAUAAUUUAGUUAGUUUACUAAUAAUUGGCACUUUAACUUAUGCCAAAAUAUGUUAUUUCAAUAAUAUUACUUCUUUUAAUAUGGGAAGCUUAACCUGACAUUUUUUUUUAUUAUCA